AUGCCAGAAGCUUCUCUAGCCUUCCCGGCAAUCUGCCUGACCUUCUCAUUCCUCUUCGUUGUUGCUGUCCACAAUGCUUCGAUUUUGCAGCACCUCGGCGCCUUCCAUCAUCGCAUCCUCCUCCCCGCAUAUCAACAGAUGCAGCGCAUGCUCACCAACCGUAAUCCCACCAGCCAGACCCGGCCAAACCGUAUGCACGAGGCAAUGUAUAAGCCAAUCAACCUCGAAACAAAAGAUGAAGAAGAACAACCUCCACACCUUGCGACUUCAUCAAUACCAUCACCCGACUACCAUCGAUAUAGUCAGAACUCUACUCUCGACACAGUCAAUAUGUUCCCGGAAAGGGAUAACACAACCGGAAUCGACGGUAUCAACAUGACGGCCAGAUAUGCAGGAGGCCCGUACCGUCCACGACGUCGGCUCACCUAUGCGGAUAUCGCCGAGUUCUCCAACUACAGCCCACCCCCAAGUCCUCCUGGAGACAGAACAUCCUCCGAUGAGUAUGACUCUGACUGGUCCAACUCCGCCGUCGACGAGGCGGUUUUCGAGCCACGUAUACUAGGCGACGAUAUCCCCGUCUGGGAAUUCGAAGUCGAGCGUCCCAUUUAUAUCCUUGAUCAGCGCGAACAGAGGGGACCGGCGGCUUGGUUGGAUGAGGUUGUUGAGUGGACUGCGCAGGGCGUUUUUGCCGUUGUUGCCCCCGAGAUGGUCCGACAACGGGGGUGA